GUAGUCUCUGCCGCUGGUUGUAGUUUAUAAACUGAUGAAUCUCAUUAAGAUCUGAUAAUCAAUAAACAUCAGACUCACUUUGACAGGUACAGACACAGAGACGGGUACAGUCACAAGGCGGGUACAGUCACAGAGACGGGUACAGACACAGAUACAGGUACAGACACAGAGACGGGUACAGUCACAGAGACGGGUACAGUCACAGAGACGGGUACAGACACAGAUACAGGUACAGACACAGAGACAGGUAUAGACACAAGGCGGGUACAGUCACAGAGACGGGUACAGACACAGAGACGGGUGCAGUCACAGACACAGAGACAGGUACAGAGACAGGUACAGAUACAGGAACAGAUACAGACACAGAGACAGGUACAGACACAGACAGGUACAGACACAGAGACAUGAACAGAUACAGGAACAGAUACAGACACAGAGACAGGUGCAGAGACAGACAGGUACAGAUAAACAGACAGGUACAGACACAGAGACGGGUAUAGUCAUAGAGACGGGUACAGACACAGAGACGGGUAAAGUCACAGAGACAGAUGCAGUCACAGAGACAGGUACAGACACAGAUACAGAUACAGACACAGACACUGGUACAGUCACAGAGACAGGUACAGACACAGAGACAGGUACAAACACAGAGACAGGUGCAGUCACAGAGACAGGUACAGUCAAUGAGACAGGUACAGACACAGAGACGGGUACAGUCACAGAGACAGGUACAGACACAGAGACGGGUACAGACACAGAGAUGGGUACAGUCACAGAGACGGGUACAGACACAUGCAGGUACAGUCACAGAGACGGGUACAGAGACAGGGACAGUCACAGAGACAGAUACAGUCACAGAGACAGGUACAGACACAGAGACAGGUACACACACAGACACAGAGACAGGUACAAUCACAGAGACGGGUACAGACACAGAGACAGGUACAGAGACAGGUGCAGACAUUGUCACAGAGACAGGUACAGACACAGACAGGUACAGUAACAGAGACAUGUACAGUCACAGAGACAGGUACAGACACAUAGAAAGGUACAGUCACAGAGACAGGUACAGAGACAGGUACAGACACAAAGACAGGUACAGACACAGAGACAGGUACAGACACAGAGACGGGUACAGUCACAGACACAGGUACAGUCACAGAGACAGGUACAGAGACAGGUACAGACACAAAGACAGAUACAGACACAAAGACAGGUACAGACACAGAGACAGGGACAGACACAGAGACAGGUACAGUCACAGAGACGGGUACAGACACAGAGACAGGGACAGACACAGAGACAGGUACAGUCACAGAGACAGAUACAGUCACAGAGACGGGAAGAGACACAGAGACAGGUACAGACACAGAGACAGGUACAGUCACAGAGACAGGUACAGACACAGAGAUGGGAAGAGACACAGAGACAGGUACAGUCACAGAGACGGGAAGAGACACAGAGACAGGUACAGACACACAGACGGGUACAGUCAGAGACGGGUACAGUCAGAGACACGUACAGUCACAGACAGGUACAGACACAGAGACAGGUACAGACACAGAGACGGGUACAGACACAGAGACGGGUACAGUCAGAGACAGGUACAGUCACAGACAGGUACAGAGACAGGUACAGACACAGAGACGGGUACAGACACAGAGACGGGUACAGUCACAGAGACGGGUACAGUCACAGAGACAGGUACAGACACAGAGACGAGUACAGUCACAGAGACAGAUACAGACACAGAGACGAGUACAGUCACAGAGACAGGUACAGACACAGAGACGAGUACAGUCACAGAGACAGGUACAGUCACAGAGACGGGUACAGACACAGACAGGUACAGUCACAGACACAGGAAGAGACACAGAGACAGGUACAGACACAGAGACAGGUACAGACACAGAGACGGGUACAGACACAGAGACGGGUACAGACACAAAGACGGGUACAGACACAGAGACGGGUACAGUCACAGAGACAGGUACAGUCACAGAGACAGGUAAAGACACAGACAGGUACAGUAACAGAGACAGGUACAGUCACAGAGAUAGGUACAGACAUUGUCACAGAGACAGGUACAGUCACAGACACAGAGACAGGUACAGUCACAGAGACAGGUACAGUAACAGAGACAGGUACAGUCACAGAGAUAGGUACAGACAUUGUCACAGAGACAGGUACAGUCACAGACACAGAGACAGGUACAGACACAGAGAGUGGUACAGACACAGAGACAGGUACAUUGUCACAGGGACAGGUACAGACACAGAGACAGGUACAUUGUCACAGAGACAGGUACAGACACAGAGACAGGUACAUUGUCACAGAGACAGGUACAGACACAGAGACAGGUACAGGCACAGAGACAGGUACACACACAGACACAGAGACAGGUACAAUCACAGAGACGGGUACAGACACACAGACAGACACAGAGACAGGUGCAGACAUUGUCACAGAGACAGGUACAGACACAGACAAGUACAGUAACAGAGACAUGUACAGUCACAGAGACAGGUACAGUCACAGAGACAGGUACAGACACAAAGACAGGUACAGACACAAAGACAGGUACAGACACAGAGACAGGGACAGACACAGAGACAGAUACAGUCACAGAGACGGGAAGAGACACACAGACAGGUACAGUCACAGAGACGGGUACAGUCACAGAGACGGGUACAGACACAGAGACAGAUACAGACACACAGACGGGUACAGUCACAGACACACAGACGGGUACAGUCACAGACACAGAGACAGGUACAAUCACAGGGACGGGUACAGACACACAGACAGACACAGAGACAGGUGCAGACAUUGUCACAGAGACAGGUACAGACACAGACAGGUACAGUAACAGAGACAUGUACAGUCACAGAGACAGGUACAGUCACAGAGACAGGUACAGUCACAGAGACAGGUACAGAGAAAGGUACAGACACAAAGACAGGUACAGACACAGAGACAGGUACAGACACAGAGACAGGUACAGUCACAGAGACAGGUACAGAGACAGGUACAGACACAAAGACAGGUACAGACACAGAGACAGGGACAGACACAGAGACAGGUACAGUCACAGAGACGGGUACAGACACAGACGGGUACAGACACAGAGACAGGGACAGACACAGAGACGGGUACAGACACAGAGACGGGAAGAGACACACAGACAGGUACAGACACAGAGACAGGUACAGACACAGACAGGUACAGUCACAGAGACAGGUACAGACACAGAGACAGGUACAGACACAAAGACAGGUACAGACACAGAGACAGGGACAGACACAGAGACAGGUACAGACACAGAGACAGGUACAGUCACAGAGACAGGUACAGUCACAGAGACGGGUACAGACACAGAGACAGGGACAGACACAGAGACAGAUACAGUCACAGAGACGGGAAGAGACACACAGACAGGUACAGUCACAGAGACGGGUACAGUCACAGAGACGGGUACAGACACAGAGACAGAUACAGACACACAGACGGGUACAGUCACAGACACACAGACGGGUACAGUCACAGACACAGA